AUGAGCGACGAUGGCUUUGCCGAAAACGCACCCCUCCUGAGCAGCAUGGAACGACAAGAAGCCACCGAGAGACCUGCUGCCGAGCGAGGCGAUGCCACUGCGACGGCGGCCGACCAUCCCGACGCCCCGAUCCCCGAUUCCACCACCACCGCCCAACAGCGACGCGAGCUCGAGGUGGAGGACGACUCAUCGACUUCCACCCCGAGGUUCUUGCAGGAUGACCGCAAUGGAAAGAGAUGGAAGUGGGUGCCGUACCCCGUAUACCGCUUGUGGAAAGCCACAGCGACUUGGGCACAGGGUCCCCAGAACCCGCGCGAUUGGAAGAUCAAGCCCGUCUUCCCGCGCAUCCAGGAGUUCCCUCUCCUGCUCGUGGAGAAGUAUCUGCCGAAGCGGAAACAACGCCUUGCUGUCGUUUUUUUCUACGUAGCCAUUUGGGCUGUCACCUUUGCGCUUGUCAAGCGAGCCGAGACGCUCGCCACCGAGAUCGAGGGCUGGGGCACGCCUUCGGAGAUUGGGUGCGGCGCCACGUACUGGGGCGCCGGAAACCGAUGCGGCAUCAAUGGUGUCGACUGUCGUCCGUUCAAUGGCAGUGGUUUCCCCUUCAGGUGCUCGGCAAACUGCCGGUCCGUUCAUGUCCUCAACCCCCGCGCUGUUGGCGAUCAGGAAAUCGUCUACCAGCCCUUCGUCAUCGGCGGCCCAAACGGCACGAACGAUGCUUUCUACCGCGGCGAUUCAUUCAUUUGCGAGGCUGCUAUCCACGCGGGCGUCAUUUCGAACGAGAGAGGAGGAUGUGGUGUUGUGAAGGUGGUCGGCAGACGGCAGGACUACAUCAGCUCGAGCCACCAUGGCAUCAAGAGCGUUGGCUUUGAUUCCUAUUUCCCACUGUCCUUUGUCUUUGAGCAGGACAUUGAGUGCAAGUCUCGCGACAUGCGAUGGGACUUGCUGGCCGUCUCAGUCGUCUAUACGUCUGUGAUGUCGCUAUUCACCGCUUCCUCGGCUCUCUUCUUCUUCGCCAACUUCGUUGGCAUCUUCUGGCACGUUGGCAUUGCAUCGGAUCCCCCAGGACACUCCAGCAUAGCUGGGCUCGUCUCGAACAUCCUCGGAAAGUUCCUGCCCGCCAUGUUCUGUGCCUACGUCAUGUACGACAAGAUGGGAGGCCGCCGUUUGCUCCGCGGGCUCACUGCGCAGGUCGAAAAGACGGUGCUCUGGCUCGGCGCCUGCUGGGUGGGCGCCUUGACUAAUUACACGCUCGACUUCAUUCCCAUUUCAAGAUUGACGGGUCAUGACCUGCAGCAGCAACCGGGCGCAAAGGCCGCGCUCGCCAUCAUCGUCAUUGUCUUAUUCGUUAUCGUUGUCAAGCAGAUCUGGUUCUUUAGGCAGGAAGGUCGGUUGCUGAAGUACCUAAAGCUGUACGCGCUCUUCGUCGGUGGCAUCGUCAUUUGCCUGCUGCUCCCGGGCCUCAACUUGCGCAUCCAUCACUACAUUCUAGCCCUGCUGCUGUUGCCAGGCACGAGCAUGCAGACGCGACCCAGCCUCUUGUAUCAAGGUCUUCUCGUUGGUCUCUUUAUCAACGGCAUCGCGCGCUGGGGCUUUGACCCUCUGCUGCAGACGGGCGCCUCUCUGCAAGGCGAUGCCCAACAUGGUUCGCCCCUCCCCGUCAUCAGGGCCCCUGAAAUCAACCUUGGCGAAGCCCUGUGGACGGCCAACUUCACCUGGGCGACGCCUCCUGCCCCUCGUUUUGACGGCAUUAGCGUACUCGUCAACGAUGUGGAGAGGUUCCGGACAUAUUUUGACGAUGGCGAAGGCUCCGAGACGAGUUUCUUGUGGGAACGGAAACCAGAGCUGCGUCACAAUGAGUAUUUCCGCUUCGCAUACAUGGAGGGCACGCAGACGUGGGACUAUACCAAGGCGGGCAAGUGGAACACUGAGGGCGAAUGGACUGAGAUGAAGGCUGGGCCAAGCAAGGUCCGGGCGCGACAGCUUGAAGAGAGUGAAGUGAUUAAGCACAAGCGGUAA